UGUCGAACAUGCUCAAAAACUAACAACCUUUCAGUUGGAAAGUCGUGUGUCCCUGAACGCAGCACCUGGUCACGCGCUUCGACUUUCAGUAGUGGAUCCGUGCCUCCAUGUGAGUGUGCGUUUGGGAGUUAUUGCGUGUUCGUGCGUGACCUGUCGAAGUUCGGAACUUCCGGGAUGAACGCGCUGCUGCGGCGCUGCGUUUGGCGGCUGGCGGUCACGCGGAGAGGUUUCCAUGUUGGAGCUCGGCUGACAACCUUCGACCUCAGGAGGAUUGAACUGACGCCUCUGGAGCAGCGAAAACUCACCUUCGACUCGCACGCCAUGGCGGCGGAGCUGGAGACCAGCGGCUUUGACAAGCAGCAAGCAGAGCUGAUUGUUUCUGCUUUGGUCACCCUCACCACGGCCAACAUGGACAUCGUCUACAAAGAUAUGGUGACCAAAGCCCACCAGGAGAUCGCAGUCCAGCAGAUCAUGUCUCACCUGGACUCCAUCAGGAAGGACAUGGUGAUCCUGGAGAAGAGCGAGUUCUCCAACCUGCGCUCUGAGAACACAAAAAUGAAGCACGAGCUGGAGCAGCUGCACAACAGACUCAAGGAGGAGACGGAGAAAGUCAGAGCAGAAACCAAGCUGGACAUCAACUUGGAGAGAAGCAGGAUCUCUGACAUGUUCACUGAACAGGAGAAGAAGCUGAUGGAGGCCACGUCUGAGUUCCAUCACAAGAAAGCCGACUUGGAAAACGACAACAUGGAGAUCAACAAGAAGAUUGACCUGCAGGUGGCGUCCCUGAAAACAGUGCUGGAGUCCCUCAAGCUGGAGACCAUUCGGUACCUGGCAGCGACUCUGUUCGCCUGCUUGGCCAUCUCUUUGGGGUUCUACAGACUGUGGAGGUGAAGGAGCUCCAGCGGAGCGGCCCGGUUCCUGCUGCACCUCGUUUUAUAAGUCUGUGAAUGUUUUGCUCCACAUUAAAGGAAAUCUUUGUGCGUUUCUUUUGAUCAGUGAACUUCUCCUGAAGUGACACUUUUUAAAUAAAUUGUCUUGUAAGGAA